GUUCAGAGAGCGCUCGCCGCCCAACACUCCCUCACUCUGAUUGGUCCACGCAGCCGUCCGUCACCCCGCUUCCUGCUUUGGUGAAAGUGAGGCAUUAUUGUGUUUUUAUCGGAGCGCAAAAGUGUCGCACUUUAAACCGAGGUGAUGACUUUAUCGGUCCGGAGGAGUGCGCGUCAUCAUGUCCGAAAGUAGAAGGCGACGCUCCCCCAAAAUGUUCAUGGUCGCGUCCGACUACAAAGUGCAGGACCACCUGGAAGGAACCAUUCGGCUGCAGCGGGGGCAGCUGUGUCAGCAGCAGGAGGGAGGAGCGCACAGGAGCGGGAGAGGGGAUUACCUGUGGGUGAAGGUGAUCGAUAAUGGCUGCGUGGUGAAGGUGGACAGGCAGGUGCUCAGUGAAGUCCCGGCUGAGUUCGCCGGUCUGCUCGAACCCGUCCCUGACCUCGACGUCCGUGUCAAACUGCUGUCCAGGACACAGUUCCUGCAGCGAAUGGCUGGUUUAGCGCUGGGAUCAGAUGUGCGGGUCAUCUGGAGCCGCAGCCAAUCAGAGCUCGCUGAGGCGGAGCUUCGUUACCGCGGGCCGCUGACGAGGGGAAGCUCUGCCGUUUAUUUCGGGGUUCAUCUGAAAGGAUGGGCGGCAGGUCGUGGUAAAUGCAACGGCAGCUAUAAAGGGCAUCAGUUGUUCUCGUGUCCAGACGGCUGCGGUCUGUUCCUCCCGGUCAGCGAGAUCACGCUUCCGCGAUCGUCCCGCGGCAGCAGCUCCAGCGACCACCAGUCGAACGGCCAGAGUCCCGUCAGCAUCCUGUCACGAGGGGUAUUCCGGCCGGACAGCUCCAGCGACCACCAGUCGAACGGCCAGAGUCCCGUCAGCAUCCUGUCACGCGCUGCGGAGUCCGGCCCGAAUCCCGGCGUGCCGCAGCCGCUCGGCGUCGGACAGAGAGUCUGUUUCGUCCAGGACGAGUGCGUCCAGCGCGGGAGCGUCCUGUUCUGCGGGCCGCUGUCUAACCGGACCCCCUCCACGCUUUAUGUGGGAGUUUUACUGGAUCAUCCAGGAGGAUCAUGGGAUGGAUAUUAUAAAAGCAGCAAACUGUGCUCCAUCCCGUCACCUGAGUUCGGCGCUUUGCUUCCUCUCUCUAAAGUAACCGCAGAAUCUAGAUCCGAACGGUCUCCUCUGGCAGUAACCAGUCCUAAACUGCCACCGCUGCCCGUCCCAAAUAAACCCGCCCUUCAGCCGCCAUCGCCCAGCAAAGACCCCCCGAACCGGCUGCUCAUCCAGCCUUCCAUGCUGCUGACGGCCAGACAAGCCCUCCAGCCUCCGUCCUCCUCCGCCCCGAAAGCCGCUCUGAAAUGCUCAUUUAGGCUUCAGACACAACCUGCCCUGCAGCCUCCCGCGGUCCCGCCCAACAAGCCCCAAGCCCCGCCCACAGACCAGUCCCGCCCCUCCAACGGAUUCCACAACCUCCCGUCUCCACCCAAUCGCUGAGCGAGAGGGCGGAGUUUGGCCACCUGGUUGGAGGUGGGUUCUAUGGUGGAGGUGAACGACCCGCCCCUUUUCGGAGUCAUUCGCUGGAUUGGCCAAAUCAACAACAUCCCGGAACCAGUGGCUGGAAUCGAGCUGGAUCAGGAGCUGUCCGCUGCCACAGAUGGCAGUUAUCUCGGUGAACGUCACUUCCACUGUCCUGCUAACAAAGGCCUGUUCGUCAAACUGAGGAACUGCAGACGCGACUCCAGGUUUCCUGAGCCUGAGCUGCCCAUUAAUCAGGUCGACCGCUGCAACUCCAUCGCGUUUGCUAACUGGAGCAGUAAGCGUGUGGAGGAGCACACGCCUCCGCUGUCCGGUGCGGACGCCCGUCUGACGUACGAGGGCUUCAAGAAGGGCAUUCAGGGUCACCUCAACUCCUGCUACCUGGACGCGUCUCUCUUCAGUAUGUUCUCGUGCUGCAGCUCGUUCGACUGGCUGCUGUUUUGGCCGGUUGGCUCAGAACAAUCCCAUCAGUCAAAGCGUGUGUGUGUAAUAUGGAUAUGUGUGUGCCCCUGUGUUUUAAAACCAUGGCUUUGCGCAAACUACGAAUAAUGACAAGAAAAACUACUGAAAGAAGAAACAGCCGAUUCAGGAUUUACCAACGAGGAGAAAGAUCCAGAGGAAUUGCUCAACCAGCUUUUCCUGCUUCUCCAGGUUGAGCCGCUUCUGAAGAUCAGGUCUGUGAGUCAGAAAGCGCAGGAGUGUUUCAUCUAUCAGCUCUUUCCUCCGGCCGUCUCCCCGUCGUCUCCGGUGCUCUCUCCGCUCGUGUCUCCGGGGCUCCUGCGCGUCUCCAGCGUCCAGGCGUUACUCGAGUCCUCCUUCAUGCACUCGGGACUCAAGCUCACGGAGGCUCCGUCCUGCUUGCCGCUCCUCAUGCCCAGAUUCGGCAAAGAGUUCAAGAUGUUUGACGCCAUCCUGCCCUCGCUGAGCCUGGACAUCACCGACCUGCUGGACGAGACUCUGCGGCAGUGCAGUAUCUGUCAGUCGGUGGCGCAGUGGGAGUGUCUGCAGUGUUACGAGGAUGUUGACAUCACACCUGGACAGUUAAAACAGUACUGCAACACCUGUAACACACAGGUUCACACACAUAAGAAGCGUCAGACGCACCGGCCGGUGGAGGUGCGGGGGCCCCGGGGCUGCUGGGAAGGGCCGGUUCAUGGGGCCCGUCAGCUGAUGGAUCUGUUCGCCGUCACCUGCAUCGAGACGAGUCACUACGUGAGCUUCGUCAAACACGGCCCCGGGGCCACGGACUGGCUGUUCUUCGACAGCAUGGCUGACCGAGAGGGAGGAGAGAACGGCUUUAACGUGCCGCAGGUGCGCUCGUGUCCGGAGGUGGGUCGUUAUCUGAGUCUGUCGGUGGAUGAAGUGUCUCGUCUGGACGCCUCGUCUCUCAGAGACCCUGUCCGCCGCCUGCUGUGUGACGCCUACAUGUGUCUGUACCACUGCCCUCAGCUCUCGCUCUACAAAUAACACCGCUUCUGCCUGGACACAAAUACAUAUAAAUACAUAUCACAAUGCAGCACAGGAGGACAGUGUGACUCUAAACAGUUUUUUUAACAGAUUUUUAACAGAAUGCAGUGUAUGCUUAUGUAUGUUUACAAAUGUAAAUGUUUAAUUUUAUAAAAAGAAACUGAAUUACA